AUGCGAGAGCGCGUGCCACUCAUGGAGUUCGAGGACUUCCUGAUCUACCAGCAGAAGCGGCUAGACCCCUGGGGCGACAGAAAAAUGGAAACCAGACAGCAAGCACCGAUUGCCUUCGAUCUUGUCUUUUCGGUGCGCUUUUCGUCGACCCCAGCAGCGCGGCGCCGAUCGUUCUGUGCCUGUGAAUCGCCUGCAUCCGCUCGCGUCUCACGGGACUCGGCAGAGACACAGCGGCAGGAUGACGAUGUGUGCUGCGAAGUCAACAAGCCACCGGCGAGCCCUGAAAUCCGGGACUCCAUGCCGCCUGACGCGCUUCAAAAGGCGCAGGUCCGGAGGCCGAAGGGCCCUCCAGCGGCAUCACGAGCGAAGACAGAGGGACAGUGCAAAGCAGGCGCAGGUGAUGGGGCUGCAAGCGACGUGGACGCGAGGAGCGAACCACAGUGCUUGUCAGGAACAGGCAGCGCGAUGGAGGAGCCUGAAAGCGAAGCCGAUGAAUGGAAUGGAAUUACUCUGUGGUUAGGAGGAUUCUGCACGAAGAUACAGGCAACGGAGAUGUGGAGUGCACAGCUGUAUAUGUCGGACGCAACACGCGUUGCCGACAUUAUCUGGCGCUCCAUGGAAACGCGAUUCCCUGGAGAGAUUCAGACCCUGUGGAUGAAGUCCGCGGAGAGUCUGCUGGUGCCGUGGCCGAAAGUUCUGCUUCAGGCGCACCUCAUUGACAUGCUGUAUGUGCAUCCGACGCUUCGAGAAAUUGGUGAUCUCUUCAUCAGUAGCUUCCUUACGCCCAAAGAGGAAAGUGAAGCCGAUGAAAAAAGCAGCCGCCUCCCACAUGCUGGCGUAGAAACAGGCCAGACUCCUGCGAAGCCGGCCUACAUCGCUGCCCACUUGCGGCGGUCAGAUUUCAUAUAUUUGAACCGCUCGGUGUCGCUGCGACGGGCAGCUGGCUAUCUGGUAACAACAAUGAAGGCCCACGGAGUUUCCAAGGCAUUCAUUUGCACGGACGGGACGGAGGCCGAAAAACGCGAGCUGCGAGAUGCAGUCGCCGAAGCAGGUGCGGCGGCGGCGGUGCAGUCUUCGUCUUUCUCGUACAACGUGAUCUUCUUCGAUCUCGCAGCUGUUCAGAGUCUUCUGAAGGCGGGUCCUGCGCGGACCAGUCGCCAUCCGCCUGGAGCAAAAGCCGCCACAUCGCAGGACGGAGACAGCGCCAGGGAAAGUUUACCUGACCACAGUGCUAUGCUUCUGCACCCUGGCGUGAGUGCUUUGAUUGAGGUGUGGAUUGCUGCACGAGCCAUUUACUUCAUUGGGACGAAAGAUUCCCGCUUCUCCCAAGCCAUACGCUGGGAGCGGAUCAUGCUGGGACAGACGCAUGACUCAAGCGUGGAGGUCUUCUGCGUCGAUAACUCGUCUGCGGAGGGUGGCGCUGCGACGAAGGAGACGUGCAUGGCCACGAGAAGCCACGACCCUCCCGAGGGAGAUGGUCGGAGUGAGCUGAGGAGAAAGUACUGGCCGUAG